AUGCCGGAUUCACUAAAAGAUUUUAGUGAAAAGAACCCAAGAAAGUAUUGUCCAAUGUGGAACUAUAACGGACUCGGACAGCAAAAUAUUAAUAAAAAUGACAUAAUUAAUGGUAUAUCCAAAAAUAAUAUGACUAAUGAUAAUACCAACUUUCGUGGAAGAAAUACAGUUAACAAUCCAUCAGAAUCAAUUUUUAGUGUUUUUAAUUCCUCCCCUGGAGUGAAGCAACAAAUUAUUCAAGAUAUUAUUGAUCAUAUCAGGCAAAAUUAUCACCAAGCGAAUCAAACUUCAUUGGGAAGAGUCUUUGAUAUAGAGGCUACAGUAAAAGGAAAAAUUUAG